UCGCUCGGCCAUAGGUUCACAUAUACACAUGUCUCCACCAGACACAGCAUCGUUGGUCUUAGUUCGACAGCUAGCGAGUUUUGGAUUUUACUAUUGGUCCUCGUGUUACUCUUUUUAUAUUUUUGUCACAAACGACACGAAUCUCAUUAAAACGGAGAUUUGAUUUGAAAGGGUUUUUUCAUUUUUGACUGAUUAAUUAAAAUGUCAUUAACCAAACUUGAUAGGAGUACUAUUUAAUAGAUUAGGCAGUUAAUUAUUUACUAGUUACUACCCCUACCCUUCAAACCGACCAAUACAUCUCCACAUUUUCAAGUAAAUGUUUUUUUUUUUAAUUUUCUGAAUUUAAUUUCAAAAUUCGUUUAUAUAAUUGCGCAUAAUACGUCGCCUCGGAAGAAAUGAAACAUUAUGUUUUUGACUUUUCUUCUUCUUCUUCUCUCUUCAUUAAGACCAAAACCUUUUUCUCUUCGUCUUCAUGCAUGAACCCUAACUAAGUUCUUCUUCUCUAAUCUCUCACAAGAAACCUUUUAGAUCACCUUACGAACUCGAUGAAUAAUAACUGGCUAGGUUUUUCUCUCUCUCCUUCUGACCAAAAUAUCCAUCGUACGGGGGUCGUCGACUCUUCCACCGCCACAACAGCCGUAGAUGUCACGGGGGAGUAUUGUUACGAUAUGACUGCUGCCUCUGAUGAGUCUUCAGCUGUUCGAACAUCGUUUCCUUCUCCCUUUGGUGUCGUCCUCGAUGCCUUCACCAGAGACAACAAUAGUCACUCCCGAGAUUGGGACAUCAAUGGUGGUGCAUGCAAUAACAUCCACAGUAAUGACCAAAAUGAACCAAAGCUUGAGAAUUUCUUCGGCCGCACCACCACGAUUUACAACAACAGCGAAAAUGGUGGAGAUGGAAAUGGUGGUUGUGGAGGAGGAGACGGUGCUGGUGGCUCAUUAGGCCUUUCGAUGAUUAAGACAUGGCUGACGAAUCAGCCGGUGUCUAAUGUGGAUCAUCAAGAGAAUAAUGGGAAUGCCGCAAGAGGCUUGUCACUCUCUAUGAACUCAUCUACUACUUGUGAUAGCAACAAGUACAACAAUAGGAAUAAUGUUGUUCAAGAGAAGACCAAUGUUGAUAGCGUUGAUGCUACACCUAAGAAAACUAUUGAGAGUUUUGGACAAAGGACGUCUAUAUAUCGCGGUGUUACAAGGCAUCGGUGGACAGGAAGAUAUGAGGCACAUUUGUGGGAUAAUAGUUGCAAAAGAGAAGGCCAAGCUCGCAAAGGAAGACAAGGAGGUUAUGACAAAGAAGAGAAAGCAGCUAGGGCGUAUGAUUUAGCCGCACUCAAGUAUUGGGGAACUACCACUACUACUAAUUUCCCUAUAACUGAAUAUGAGAAAGAGGUAGAAGAUAUGAACCACAUGACGCGGCAAGAGUAUGUUGCCUCUCUGCGCAGGAAAAGUAGUGGUUUCUCUCGUGGAGCAUCGAUUUAUCGAGGAGUAACAAGGCAUCACCAACAUGGAAGAUGGCAAGCUAGGAUCGGAAGAGUCGCCGGUAACAAAGACCUCUACUUGGGAACUUUUGGCACACAAGAAGAGGCUGCAGAGGCAUACGACAUUGCUGCCAUCAAAUUUAGAGGAUUAACCGCAGUGACUAACUUCGAAAUGAGCAGAUACAACGUUAAAGCAAUCCUCGACAGCCCGAGCCUUCCUAUUGGUAGCUCUGCGAAACGUCUCAAGGAAGUUAACCAUCCGGUUCCUAGUAUGAUGAUCAAUAAUAACGUUUCAGAGAGUGAAAAUGAUGCUAGCGGCUGGCAAAACGCUGCGGUUCAGCAUCAUCAUGGAAUAGAUUUGAGCUUAUUACAGCAACAUCAAGAGAGGUACAAUAAUUAUUACAAUGGAGGGAGUGCUAGGGCUUAUUUUAAAGAAGAGGAAGAUCAGCACCAUUUCUUGAGCAACUCGCCGAGCCUCAUGGCUAAUAUCGAUCAGCAUAGUUCUGCUUCGGGUGAUAUGGUUACUGUUUAUGGAAAUGUCGGUGGUUAUGGUGGUCAUCAAGGACUUGCAAUCCCGGUUGGAACAUCUCUUAACUGCGAUACCUUGGCCGCUGCUGAGAUUGCUUACGACGCAAGAAACCAUUAUUAUUUUGCUCAGCAACAGCAAGGAGGAGGUUUUCCUGUGGGAAUUUCGAAUAAUGUUGGCUCUAAUAUGUACUUUAAUGGGGAAGGUGGUGGAGAAGGGGCGUUUACAGUUUGGAACAACACUUAGGAAAAUAGUUAAAGAUCUUUAAUUAAUGUUUGCUUUGUGUGUUGUUAACAGUUCGAUUCUGUUCUAUUUCUUGGUAAGCUUCGUGUGACAUUUUAUUAGUUUCGAUUUAAUUGGAUAAAUUUUAUAAAGUAUGAUCACAUUUUUUUUUAUUUUUAAUCUACCAUUGGAACCAUAUGUUUAUAUUCUUUUAGAGCAUGUAUGUUUAGGGAAGAUAAAAAAUACAAAGAGGCUCUCAAAUUCUGAUUUGUGCACGUUGGUAACUAAUUCCACAUGCUCGAUUCUUCUCCUACUCUACUCUUUUUGUUUUGCUUGACCAGUGACCAACAUGAAGCAGGAUUUAUAUUCUGAAGUAAUGAAGGAUGGUCAGGGCCCCUUCUGUUUCCCUCUGUCAGGCCCAAACGGACCAAUUAGAGCCCAUCAGUUUUCCCAUGGGCUUGUAUGCAGAAAACUCAUAUAUAGGCAGGGAACCUAACUUGGCUUGCACUCUCCCCUCACCAAAUCUUCCAACUAAUUUUAAUUUUUUUUUAAAAAAUACAAGUACAUACAUAUCUCUCUUUUGUUGUUGGCAUCUUUUAUAAAAAAUCAGAAUAACCAUAUAUAUUUUCAGUGUAAUCAAUAAGUGGGAAAGCGAUUAGGACAGUAAAAUGAUAAGAGACUUUUAAGAAGAAGCGGUGAAGCUUGAGAAAACCGCGACCUUUAAAAGAAGA